AUGGCGCAGAGCGUGGUGUCCGUUUUGCAAAGGCCUGCGGACAGUGCCAACCAAUAUCUAUCCAUCAGGAGCUUCAUCGUUUCUCAAUCAGAGAUCCUUGCGGCCCUGGAGGACAUUACACAGUCGAAAUGGAGUGUAUCUUACGUUGAUGCCGAUAAUCUUCGCCAAGAAGGCUGGAGACUGCUUGCAGACGGUAACCCAAAGCAAGGCAUCGAAAGUAUCAUCAGAGGUGCUCUCUUUCAAGGUCGGAGAGACAUCUCAGUGUCUCAGGAUGCCCUUGCGAAUACACAGCUGGGAUUACUGACCACGAAUUUACGAGAUUAUUUAGAAAGUAUGGAUAAGAGUCAAUAA